GGCCUGCCUGAAAUGCUCGGAGCCAGUGAACCACCAAAGGGUCUCUUUCUGCGUGGUUGUGAACCAGUGGGCUCAGACUCCGCCACCGGCGCCUCGGGCGCCAAUGCGCCAAUCAAAAUUGUUGGUGCCGCCUGCACUGAUUCUGGCUUCCAGCUAGAACUUAGUCUCGCUGGGCACGUGCCGCUGGGCCUACAAGAUCCCUCGAUGUCGCUAAACCGUGCCCGGUUGAGUCGGCGCGGCGAAAGACAACGACCUGUUAGCGCUGAAAGCCAUCGGCAGCAGGUCUCUGGUGAAUUCACCUGGCUUCCAGCUACACUCUCGAUCAGGUCAGGAGCUGGAGCCGUCUGGAAGUUCCCGUUGCUUCUCAUAGCAACCGAGCCCUCCUACGAUGACACAAUAACCUUCUAUUCUCAGGGCCUCGGUCGUCCGGUUCACGUGAACGUUAUGUUGAACAGCAAGAGCUCGGAACCGGCAGAAUUCAUAGCCUUCCUGGAUGACAACAGCGAUGCAGACUUCCACCUGGAAACCACCUCUGGCACCCUACCUCCAGCCUCAGCCGCCGAUGAGAACCGUGCCGAUUUUACCGCCCUACGUGUUGUCUUUACUCCAAGCAGCUAUGGCAAACAGAAGCUGGCUAGACUGAUUGUUCAGGAUGACAACGCGAGGAAAAAAGCGUGUGAAGAAGCGGAAGUGGUGAAGCUUGGAAUCCGAUAUGUCUCCAUAGUUGAUGUGAAUGUCAUGAAAAACUUGACAUACGGAACGGCCACGAAGGUGAUGACUCGCGAUGAACAUGGGGGCGCUGGACCAGCCUCACUCACUCACUCAAUCCUUCCUUUCCCGCAGCAGCAUCAAGUUCUCGAGGGCAAACACGUUUCCACCGUCGGAGGAUGCGGGGACAUCGAGCCCAGCACGGCACCGGGCUUUUUCGACGUACUUGGCUCCGCAAACCAAAUCGAGCCCGAUAAACGAUGGGGGAUGUUCAGUCUAGUCGCAAGAGUUCCAUAUGAUUGCCACAUGGUCGUUUCGGGUGGGAGGGUAUCGCUGAUGCCCCAGAAGUUGGAGAAGCCAGCAAUGGCAUCGGAGGCACUGCUAACCUAUGAUAAAGCCCACCAGGCCCUCGGUGUCUUCGCUGUUAAUGGGUAG